AUGUACGAAAAAGGCCAAACACGCACAGAUCCUAAACCUCUCUCUCACCCUCUCUCACCCUCUUUCUCCCCCUCUCACCUCACUCCCCUUUAUCAUCAGUGGAGCAAUUUGGUGCAGCCGAAGAAAACUCCGCUAAGUUUGAAGGGUGGAAAAAACUUGGGUUUGGAUAGCGCGGGAGAGAACACUGGAGAUGGGGAUGGGGAUGGGAGAAGUGCUUAUUGUAGCAAGGAACUAGCAGACUGGCUUAAAAGGAAGUAUGACGCCCGCGUGCUAAGGAAGAAAGAGAAAAAGACGGGGUCGCAGAAUAGUAGAAAAGAAGAAAUUCCAAAUCCAGAAAGGCACAGAGAGAUGAGGAAGUAUUAG